AUGGAUGCAAUCAAGUCAUAUUUCCAAAAAAUCUUUCCAGCCAGUCCGACAAGGAAAGGUAGUUGCAAGUUAACUCGUGGUCGAAAAUCUGAUGUUGGAUUAUCCAGCUCUGACAGUCUACCGUUCCGAACAGCAUCCACUUCUCAAAUAGAAGACUUUGGGGACAAAAAUAAGCGCCAGAAUGCAGCAACAUUAGCUGGGUAUCAUAGAGACAAUAAUAUGUCCAGAUCAACACCUCCGUCAAAACCACCUCGAAAAGAUCAAAUAUUUUCUGUGGAGUUUGGUGAUUUACAAGGGAUAGAUUUUGGAAUAACGAUAGACAGUUCUCCAUUAGCGCCACGUCCUAGAAAAUUCAGUGACAGUGGAACUGACAGUUUUUCAUCAGAAUCAAAUGGUACUCCCCCACCCUCAGGACUUUCUACCUCUAUUAAAGUGACCUCUAUUCGAACUCCUAGUAUCGCUCAGUUUGAUGGAAGGAUUAAAGUUAACGAUGAGAUUAUUGAUAUUAAUGGAAGAUCAAUGCUACGUGAAAAUACUGUCUCAGCAAGAUAUCAUAACCAGUGGCAGAGCCAGGAUUGCGUCCGAGGGGGGAAUUAUUUAUUAUAUGAUGUAUUCAGUACAGCAGAGAUGAUAGAAACAAGGAAGGUUUCACCUUGUUCUUUGACAUGA